UCAUCCACGCCAAGCACCCCAGACUCCCUUCACCCCGCUGUUAGGCCUCAGCACGUGCCGCCACCCGUCACCAGCCCGCUGAAACGUGGAUCCUGCCAGGCCUGUCCGUCCAGUGUCCGCGCUACCCAGCAUUGGCACUCGUGGUUACGGGCGGGUCAAAGUAAACAAACACCACUGAAACUCCAACUUGACAGCGGCCUGGCCUUGGAAAAGACGUCGAGGUUCACAUCUUGUUCGCGAUAGCUUCAUCACCAUCGACAAGAUGCCUCGCCUCAGCACAGGUCCGCGACGGAGCCUGAGCAGGGGUCCUGCUGUGCAAUCGCCGCUCAAAUCUCCAGGCCUCAAAAUCCCACUAAACGACGACGCCCAAGAAAAGGAAAAACGAUCGCGAGGACGCAAAGCCCUCCACGAGGCCCAGAUCAACCAGCUCAAGCUCGCCGCGACCGCAACCGCAACCCCCGCGCGCAGCGUAAUCGACGACAAUGGCAACACUCCGGCCUCCAACGGCCCGCGCACCCCGCGUCGCCGCAUCUCCGGCAAGGAGAACUUUUCCAUCCUCGACGGCGAUGAUAGACCGGUCGUGGGCGGCUCCGUCGUCACCCCAAUGAAGCGCGUCCCCAUCCUGGCCAACUUCGAGGAGUGGAUGAAGAUGGCGACUGACAACAAGAUCAAUGCCGCCAACUCGUGGAACUUUGCGCUGAUCGACUACUUUCAUGAUAUGUCGCUGCUCAAGGAGGGAGACGGUGUCAAUUUUCAGAAGGCCAGUUGUACGUUGGAUGGCUGUGUCAAGAUUUAUACCAGCAGAGUCGACAGUGUUGCGACGGAAACCGGAAAGCUGCUCAGUGGUUUGGCCGAUAGUCGCGACAGCAAGAAGAGGGAUAGAGAUGGCGAGGAGGGUGGUGAUGAUGAUGAAGAGGAGGAAGUGGACGAGAAUGGCAAUGUGCGGAAGAAGCCAAGAAAGAAGACUCAACGAUCAUCCGAAGCCACCCUCGCACCGUCCUUCGCAUCACUACAGCUCAAAAAGUUCGAACUCGAAUUCUCAGUAGACCCGCUGUUCAAAAAGGCAUCAGCAGACUUCGACGAGGGAGGCGCUAAGGGUCUACUCUUGAACCACCUGAUGAUAGAUUCGCAGGGUCGUAUUGUCUUUGACAGCAGCGACGACGCCAACGACACUCUCGACUCACGCAAUCAAAAGACCGCCGAGGAGAACGACCAAGAUGCCGACCCGGACGCCAUGGAAAUCGAUGCCAUGGAAAUCGACGGUCAGCCCGAAAUGAGCCAGACCCGAACCCAACAACAACAAGAGGAGGAGGAGGAUGAUGUAGAGAUCGACAUUGACAGCCUUGGUGCUAGGUUCUUUCCCGAUCUUGGACGACUGGACGAGAUGGACGUGUGCCCGUCACUCAAGACUUUCAUCCUUGGUGACCCCUCCGGAUCCCUCGAUAUUCCCUUCCUCAGAGCGCCCGAGGACUGGCGCCAGGAGCAAGAUAGAGCCAAAACUCCUGGCCUCGGCAACAAAUCCGGCUUCAUUAUCGACGACGAGAACCCGCUCGGCUUUGACGAUGACGACGCGCUGGGCGCAUUCGACCUGGGAGGAGACGUUGACGUAGCCUUCGGUGAGGGUGGUGAAGCCUGGGCCCGCGAAGCAGCCAUCGAGCCACAAAUGAUGCGUGUCUUCGACGCCGGUCUAGACCUAGGAGAAGGCGAAGGUGGUGACGAUGGUGACGGAGUCGACGGCGACCUCGAAAUGCUCGACCAAGACAAGGGCGAUUUCGGCAUGGUCAACAUGACCAACGCCCAAAAGACCGACCGCCUGCACGAGGACAUCCUCAGCUACUUCGACCAAGCCCUGCAAAAGAACUGGUCCAGUGCCGAGCACUGGCGCAUCCGCAAGAUCAAGGACGUCAACAAGCCACAAACGGGAGAACCGCAACGCCAGCGCAAGGAAAAGCAAGCCUUCGAGAUCGACUUCUUCACCCCCAUGGACCGCACCCUUCACGACGUCCUGCACAACCAAGCCACUACCAACUCGGCCAUCUCGCUCCCCAAAAAGGACUGGAAGUCCAAGUCGCGCAACCUGCUGCCGGACGACAAGCACUUCAGCUCCAAGCAGCUGCUCAACCUCUUCCUUAAGCCCAAGGCCCGUCUCGGCCGCAAGCAGCGCGCCUUCGGUCGUUCCAAUGCCGACAAUCAAAAUCCAGACCAAGUCCCCGAGGGCGCCAUGGACGAGGCCUUCUGGGCCCAACAAAAGGCUCCGCUCAACCAAGGUCUCUCCCAAGAUGAACAUCUACCGCAGGGUGACUACGACGCGAAUUUCUUCCAAGACGACGGUCUGCCGUUUGCCAACGGCGGAGACGAUGAUGAUGACGAAGACAUGGACGAGGAAGUUUUUGCCGAUGCACGGGAUCAUUUCUCUCCUGGCCCCGGUGGUACGCAAGGAGAUGGUGCUGCCGGAAAAGAAGGAACAGCAGGAUUGACGAUGGACGUGGGCAUGACGGGCGCGUUUAAUGGGUUGACGGUUACGAACCCGGCCGAUUUGGCGUUUGGCACGAUGCUGGUUACGCAAUCGAGGAGAGUCAGGCCCGAGUAUGUGCAGUAUGCGAGACGGGCGAAAAAGGUGGAUGUGAGGAGGCUGAAGGAGGAGAUUUGGCGGGGGAUGGGGUUGGAGAUGUUGGAUGGGACAAACCCAGAAGAUUCUCUCAUAUCACCCCCUCUAACAACCCCAUCCGCGCAACCGGGCUCAUCAGAGCCUCCAAAGGAAGGCUCAGCAGAACCGCCCACUCUCAAGUUCACGGAAGUCAUGAACUCCCUGCAAAAAGUCUACCCGAAAACGGCCAUGGACGACAUCUCCACCAGUUACUGCUUCAUUUGCUUGCUGCAUCUUGCCAACGAGCGCGGACUGGUGAUCGAAAAGAGCGAGGAGUUGACGGAGUUGUACAUAAAGAGGGAUGCGAACGCUGUUGUUGAGGAGGGUGGUGGGGAGUGAGUGAGUGAAGGAAUGGAUGAAACCCUGUUGGAUGGAAACAUGUUCAGGAUGAGCGAUGGGUGAGAUGUGAGAGUGAUGC